AUGAGAUCCCCAUCCAACGGCCGCCCACCAAGCAGCGGUGGGGGAGGUGGCGGUGCGGCUCCAGCUCCAGCUGGGGGAGCGGCAGGGGACGACGACGACUUGGCCUUGUACUACUCCUUCCUCCAGGAGGACGCGCCGCCGCCGCCGUUCGCGCUCGACGACCCCGCCGCGAUGACCAACGGCCGGCGCCGGAAGGCGCGCGGGCCGCCGGACAACGCGGGGGGCGAGGAGGGCGCCGCGGCCGCCGCGAAGAAGGACGGGAACAAGCGGUCCAUCGCCCGGAUACUCACCUCGCUGGCGGCGCUGGAGGCGGAGGAGCACGCGGACCGCGCGGGCGAGGCGUCCGGGGGGCGGGAGCUCGCGCUGCUCGAGUCCAACGCCGACGCCCGCUCCCAGGCCAUGAUGGACUACUACGCCAAGAUGGAGGGCGACUCCGAGGCCGCUGCCAGGUCCAAGCGCUCCAGGCUCGCCGCCUCGGCCGCAGCGGUCGCCGUCAUGGCGGCGGAGGACUCGGUGGCCGCGGCGUCGGGCUCGGCGCGGCAGCAGCCGCAGCAGCAGGCCGGGCACCAGCAGCGGCGGCUCUGGGUCAAGGACCGGUCGCGCGCGUGGUGGGACAAGUGCAGCAGCCCGGACUACCCGGAGGAGGACUUCCGGCGCGCCUUCCGGAUGGGCCGCGAGACCUUCGACAUGAUCUGCGACGCGCUGGGCGCCGCGGUGGCCAAGGAGGACACCAUGCUCCGCGCCGCCAUCCCCGUCCGGCAGCGCGUCGCCGUCUGCGUCUGGCGCCUCGCCACGGGGGAGCCGCUCCGCCUCGUCUCCAAGCGCUUCGGCCUCGGCAUCUCCACCUGCCACAAGCUCGUCCUCGAGGUCUGCGCCGCCAUCAAGUCGGUGCUCAUGCCCCGCUUCCUGCAGUGGCCCGACGCCGCCGCCGCCGCGCGCUUCAAGGCCGCCUUCGAGCGCGCCUCCGGCGUGCCGGGGGUCGUCGGCGCCAUGUACACCACCCACAUCCCCAUCAUCGCGCCCAAGAUCUCCGUCGCCGCCUACUUCAACCGCCGCCACACGGAGCGCAACCAGAAGACGUCCUACUCCAUCACGCUGCAGGGGGUGGUCGGCCCCGACGGCGCCUUCACGGACGUCUGCAUCGGCUGGCCGGGCUCCAUGCCCGACGACCAGGUCCUGGAGAAGUCGAUGCUCCACCAGCGCGCGGCGGCCGGGAUGAUGCGCGAGUCCUGGCUGGUGGGCGGCGCCAGCUACCCGCUCACCGACUGGGUGCUGGUGCCGUACACGCACCCCAACCUGACGUGGACGCAGCACGCCUUCAACGAGAAGGUGGGCGACCUCCGGCGCGUCGCCGUCGAGGCCUUCGCGCGGCUCAAGGCGCGGUGGGCGUGCCUGCAGAAGCGCACCGAGGUGAAGCUGCAGGACCUCCCAGUGGUGCUGGGCGCCUGCUGCGUGCUCCACAACAUCUGCGAGCUCCACGGCGAGGAGGUGGACCCGGCCAUCCGCUGCGAGCUCGUGGACGACGAGACCACGCCGGAGAACCCCGUGCGCUCCGAGGCCGCCAAGCGCGCCAGGGACGCCAUCGCGCACAACCUGCUCCACCGCGGAUUCGCCGGCACCACCUUCUUCUGAUCUCACCGGCCGGAUUCAAUCCCCCCCCCCCCCCCCCCCCCCUCUCUCUCUCCCACUGAUGUCCUGCUCUGGGUUUCUCUUGUUCAAGUCGUUUGGUAGUACAGAAUUAAUUCAACUGGUGCAAUAGGUAGCCAGCCAUAUAUGCGUAUGCAUUCUUUUUAGUAGGGAGCCUAGAAGAUUUUGGUAGGAUUGAUGCAAUUAGCAGCAGCUACAACACAAAGGCCUUGUAAUUAACCUCUUUAUUUAAGGGAUGUGAUGUAAAAAAUCUGGGCAGAUUUUACCCCAAAUUUUUCAUAUUUUGCAAUACGUAUAUACACAGUUUAAUUUAAUUCAGACAAAAAA